AUGCGCCGAAGGCCGUCCUACCUCUGUGUCUCGGGGCUCAAGUGGGCACUAACUACUCUUUCCUUUGCGCUUGGGCAAUGCGAAGGCGGCGAGGCCUUCAAUCUGCAGCACCAGCUCCUUCAGUUCAAUCAGAAAGCUGGCACGACAGCCUGGACAUGCUUUACCAUGCCUCAAAAGCUUGUGCACAGCGUCUUGCACCUUCUCGUCGUCACCGAGAGUCACAUUAUGGAUCCGUGGAAAACGCUUUGGCACAACCCAAGCCGACAGUUGAAUCCAAUGAAGCUGCAGAACAAGGGCUGGAAUCCUCUGCGAGAGCGAACAGAACGCGGCGCGGCAAAAGUGUCAAGCAUGUACAAGACAACCCUGACGAAGGUUGGUCAGACGAGGACGAGUGUUCCGAACAAAAAAGGUCUCCCGUCAAUUCGCGAACAGGAAUGGAUGCUGCAGAAGUUUGAUCCAGAAGCAAAGGUCUGUAUCGAUUUCCUAGAUCGGAAUCAAGUGGUGCGGGAAAGAGAGACCCUGGGCGAGCUUGUCGCUAGAUUCAGCGUGCAAUAUGCUCCUCAUUUGGUCAGCCAGAAGGAGACAGAUUACUGGAACAAGAUUCGACAGCGAUGGGAAAGCAAAAAUGGUGCUUUACCAAACCUCAACGAAGAAGGUUGUUCGAUCAACGAAGAAGGCCGUUCGAUCAACGAAGAAGGUGGCUCAAUUACGAAUGACGAUGAGUGGCAAGUGCAAGUCAACGGUCGUCAAUUGAGCGACAGAGACAGGACCACUCACAAGAUUUUUCAAAAGGACUUGCGCCGUCGUAUGAACACAUAUUUGCCGACAAGAACGGAACAGGCAUAUUUGCGCAGGGUGAAGAGAUGA